AUGGCGGAGACCAUGGCGGUGCACGUCCCGGUGGAGACGACCAAGUCGCUGCAGGGGCCCGACUUCGACGCGUUCGACGAGUCCCUCGGCCCCCAGGUGCAGGUGUGCCUCGUGCUCUGCCUCUUCUACAUCACGCCCGGGGCCUGCGACUACGUGAAGGAGACGGUGGACAAAGAGGUGAUGCGCCAGUUCGUCGUCCAGGCCCAGAAGGGCUACUCGCCCAACAAGUUCCACAACUUCGCGCACGCGCUGGACGUCGCCUACGAGGUGUCGCUCAAGAUCCGGCUAGUCGAGGCGGGGCGCUUCAUGUACGAGGUGGGCACCCAGCAGUUCUGGCUGCUGCUGGCCGCGCUCGGCCUCGACCUGGGGCACGUAGGAGUGGAUAACCAGUUCCUGAUUGAGACACAGCACGAAUUGGCGGUGACGUACAACGAUAGGUCGCCAUUGGAGAAUUUGCACUGCUCGCGGCUGUUCCAGAUCCUGGGCAGUGACGACGCCAAUGUGCUCAAGGCUUUGGACAAGGACGUGGCGGAAGUGUCGCAGCAAGUAAAGUCUUGCCAGUCGGUUGAGGGGCUGCAGAAUUGCUACCGGGUGUUGAAGAACGAGGAUGACUGUACAUACCCAGCGGGCACGAGGGCUUUCAAAACAGCGGCCGCGCAGUCGGAGCUAGAUGAGCCAUUGUCCGCCUGCACAGGGGGGAACCAGACGCUAACGAUCGUUCUUAAGCAAGGCAGCCGAAGGCGCGAAGCGAUGAAGGGGAUGCACCACGAAUGCAGCAACUCCUUGAACGUGUGCAUGUUCGAGGGCCUCGACGAGACGUUGGGGGAGCUCAAAUUCGUGACCACGACGCAGACAUUCCACGAGGCUUUUCUGGAAACUAUCCCAGCGUGCACGAGCGCCAAGGUUUCGGAGCUCGGCUUGGACAGAGUAGAUUUCCGCACGGUCGGCCCCGAGCCUGUCGACGCCGUGUGCGAUAAGCUAAGGGCAAAGAUCGCAGACCACGAAGCUGCAAGAGACAAGCACAGAAAGGCAAGCGAGGAGAAGGGGGCUAAGAGGCGGAAGGAGCUAGACGAGAAAGCAGCCAAAACCAAACCCGAGGAGAUGUUCGACAAACCGUUGGCUAUGAAAAUGAAAUGA